AUGUCUAUCUGCCCAGGGCUUUGUGGGGAGCUGGCUGUGACGCCAUUCCGUGUUUUUUUAGGAACCCACCCCACACUUGCACUUGAGGAGCGCUUUUUACGACAGCUGCAGCCGGUGCACGCAUGGUACAGCACCCGUAAACGCGUCAAGGAGCAGGCAAAUGAGUUUAUUGAAAUUGAUUUAGCCUCAUGUGAUUUGGAGCUACUUCUGCGCUACUCGCAUGUGUACUACGUGAGACGUCAGCUGUUUGAAGAGGCAAUUGACAAGCAGCUUACACUUUUGGAUACAGGCAAGGCUCCAAAGAUGACAGACCCAGCGCUGCUACAGUGUCUGCAUGCCUGUAAUACAGAUAUUGGUGAACGCUUGCAGUAUGAGGUGGGGCAGCUGCAGGUAGCAAAGAAGGCAGCGUGUGUUCCAUGCAGACGCGAGUUGGAUCCCAAUGCCCCACUUGAAGUUUACGACUACACGUGUAUGAUGCGGUUGGUGGAAGAAGAUGUGUGUGGGGUUGAGGAUGCUGAGAUGAAAGGACGGGCUUAUCUUCCGCGCAACCUUGUCGAGUCGAAAGUUAAAUACCUCACAGAGAAAUUGCUUGGAUCCGAUGCCAAGGGCACCUUGGAGAAGAGGGAGAUAAAACUUUUUAACCGCAUGAUUCCACCAGACUACAACAAAGUUGGAUCUGUUGAGAAAUUACGACCGUGUGAUGUGACGGCAUUUUUUCGUUUUUAUGGUGAGCGCAUCAACAAGGCGGGUACGGAGAAUCAUUUUAAGCGAGCCCUAUGGGGUCAUGUGUACCGUAAGUUUGCGACGCACCCCUCCUUUCUACGUGGUAUUUCCAUGUACUGGGCACGGCACAGCGGGUUAGACACCUCUAGUAACGCAACCAUCAUGCCAGAGGAAAUUGCCGCAGCUGUUUGUAAACAACAGACCCUUUUUUCUGCCAUUAGGUUUCGGUCACAGUACAUGUAUGCGUCUCCUGAUUUGGCACGUCAGCUGUGGAGAAGAGAUGUGGUUAUUCCACUUAUGCGCCUAUUUCCUUUGAUGGGCGCGCCCGCCGCAGAGGAUCUUGCUGCUAGUGUUCUCGUGGAUGCUUUCUGGACACGACUGUCCGUGGGUGAGGAAGAAAAUCUUCUUAACGACUCUAUUAUCCGUUCAGUUCGUCAGUUUGUAGACGAGAUGAGCAAUAUGUACGAAACCGGUACGGAAGCGACGCUGAAGCGCGUGGAAGAGGGCUGUAAUUUGGCGGUACCGCAGCUGACAGCGGAGGAGGUGCAGCUGAUGAGUCCAAAGAACGAAGAUAAGGCCGUAGAAGAGUCGACCGCCUAA